ACUAUCUCAUAAUUUCAUUAACAAUUAAUUCAUUAGUGAUUAAAAAGAUGAUAGAAACUUCAACAGCAACAACAACACCACCACCAACAACAACAACACCGCCACCAACUCAAACAACACCAACCUCAACAACAACAACAACAACAACCAUCAAAGUUAUUUCAGCUGGUCUACCAAGAACUGGAACAAAUAGUAUGAAAAAAGCAUUAGAAAUUAUUUAUUCAAAACCAUGUUAUCAUAUGUAUGAAAUUAUAUUUAAAAGACAAUCUGAUAUAUCAAAAUGGCAACAGCUAAUUGAUGAAAAACAUAAACCAAUAUCAGAUAAAACAAAGAUCUAUAAUGGUUUAAAUGAAUUAUUAAAUGGUUAUGUAGCUACAACAGAUCUACCAUCAUGUGGUUUCUACAAGGAACUAAUGAAUAUGUAUCCUAAUGCUAAGGUUGUAUUAACCAUACGUGAUAAAUAUGAUUGGUUAUAUAGUUUACGUAAAGUUGUAUUACCCAGAUCUACUGAUCCAUGGAAAUUUAAAAUAGAAGAAGGUGAUAAAGUAUUAGGUUUAAAUUCAGAAUUUUAUAAAAUGAGUGAAGAUUCAUUAAAAUUAGCAUUUGAAAAUUAUUAUAUUAAUUUAGAUGAUGAUCAUAUUCUACUUAAAUAUUAUGAUCAAUAUAAUCAAUUAAUUCAAAAGAUUGUACCAUCGGAACGUCUUUUAAUACAUAAUCUUGGUGAUGGUUGGGAACCAUUAUGUAAAUUUUUAAAUGUUGAUAUACCGGCAGGUAUAUCAUAUCCUUGUUUAAAUUCACAUUAUCGUAUGACACAAUUAACGGAACAAUUAAUUGAACAUAAAUCUUUAGAUGAUAUAAUACAUAAGUUUCCUGAAUUGAUAUAAAAUGAUGAUAUAAUUGUUCAUUGAUAUGAAUUGUAAUAAAAUAAUUCAAUAUUG